AUGGUCCGCAGCACCGCGCUCCUCGUUCUCUCAUCUGUCUUGCUUGUCGGUGUCGUUCAGGCCGGACACGGCUGGGGUGGUGACAAUUAUGGAGGGAACAGACCGCCGUGGUGGAACGACGACAACGGCGACAACGACAACGGCAACGACAACAAUGACGAUAAUAGCAACAACAUCAACCAAGGAGCCCUAUUCUCUUCCGAAGCUAGCUUCAACAAAGCAACCCGAAUCCUCAUUGCACAUGCAGUCUUGGCCUCACUCGUUUGGGUGAUCUUCAUUCCCUCCUUCGCGAUAUUGUUGAGGUUAAACUUGAAAAGCCCCACUAUCCUCAAGCUCCACGCCAUUGGACAGGUUGUUAGCUAUAUCAUCUACAUCGCGGCUGCUGGGAUGGGUGUAUGGCUUGCCCAGCAAUCGGCAGCGUUUGGUAUCUGGAAUGACCCUCAUCCCAGGUUGGGCCUUGCCAUCUUGGCCAUUGCCUUUCUCCAGCCCAUCUUCGGCUUUGUCCACCAUCGCAUCUAUAAGAAAAGAGCACAAAACUCUGGCGCGGGCAAGCCAAGUCAAGCCCCUGGUCGGACCCCCGUAGGAAGAAUUCAUCUCUGGAUCGGGCGCAUCUUGAUCGCCUUAGGAAUCAUCAAUGGGGGACUUGGGAUCAGGCUAGCAUCAUACAGUCCCUUCCAAACCGAUGCAACUUCGCAAAAGGCCAGUAUCGCCUACGGCACUAUUGCUGGCUCCAUGUUCCUCCUUUACCUGAUCUUUGUGAUUGCCUUCGAGAUCAGACGGGCACGCUUUCAAUUGGCACACGAGGAGCGGGAGCGCGAAGUUGUACCGAAGGGAACACUGCCGACUUAUGAUGAGAGUGAAGAAUCUGUGGGAAGAGGGUCGCCACCUUCGCGUUACCAGUAA